GCGGUCAUCCCUGUUACCGAGAUCUCUUACUCGCUGUUGCAAAACCAGUUUGAGAAACCGCUGAAAAUGAGUCUGGUUUCUGGUUUUCCGGCGAGGAAUCAUUCCUCCCCUUGAAGCGCAACAUUACUAGUUCUCAUUCUCUUUCUAACAAACUCUCUCUUUCUCUCUCUCACACACACACUAUGGAACUGAUGCCGGUCAUUCAUUCUCCGAAAACAGCUCCUCUUAUCCAACGCCAUCGUCUCUGUUCUUCAUUCUCUCUUUCUUCUCACAUUCUGAUGCUCUUUCUCUCUUCCAGCUUUACUUUAGCUCUAGCUUUCGUCCGCUCGGAGAAGAAUGGUACAACAGUCACUCAUCUACAGCUUUGUCGCGCGAGGAACGGUUAUCCUCGCCGAAUAUACUGAAUUCACUGGCAAUUUCACCACCGUCGCCUUCCAAUGUCUCCAGAAACUUCCUUCCAGCAACAACAGGUUCACAUACAACUGCGAUGGCCACACCUUCAAUUACCUCGUUGAAAACGGAUUCACUUAUUGUGUCGUGGCGGUUGAUUCUGCUGGGAGACAACUUCCUAUAGCGUUUCUCGAUAGAGUUAAGGAUGACUUUACUAAGAAAUAUGGUGGAGGGAAAGCUGCAACUGCUGUUGCGAAAAGUCUGAACAAAGAAUUUGGUUCUAAGAUAAAGGGGCAUAUGCAAUACUGCGUCGAACAUCCAGAAGAGAUGAACAAACUUGCGAAAGUGCAGGCACAAGUUACUGAAGUCAAAGGUGUCAUGAUGCAGAAUAUCGAGAAGGUUCUUGAUCGCGGAGAGAAGAUAGAGCUGUUGGUAGAUAAAACAGAUGAUUUGCGAUCUCAGGCACAAGAUUUCAGGACACAAGGGACGAAGAUGAAGAGGAAGAUGUGGUUAGAUAACAUGAAGAUAAAACUGGCUGUUUUUGGUAUUGUGGUCGCGAUAGUUCUCAUUAUUUUCUUUUCAGCAUGCGGAGGCUUCAAAUGUCUGUCGUGAUUAUAUCGUUUCGUAAGUGUAGUCGGUUUUUGGCGAAAUGUCUUUCUAUCUAUUGUGGCAUUUGAAUUAUUUCCUCUUUUGAAGAAGAACGAGUUUGAAAAACAAAUUUAUUUGUCUUGUAGAGGAUCGGGCUGUUUUUUUAGUGCCUGUAAUAAUACGAUGAUAGUCGGACUACUAAUGCUACUAUACAUAUUUAUUCAACAUUGAUGGUUUCAUUUA